AUGAGCGAUACAGAUAUUCACAAGAGGCAUGCGACCAAGGAGUCGGCAAAAGACUUCUCUGUCCAAGUGGAGCAUAUCUACUUGGAACCUAAAGAGAUGACGGGUUGGGAGAAGUUUGUCGAUUCAUUUAAACCCUUACCACAAAGCGAGAAAGGUGCUAAACCUCAAAAGGCUAUGAGUAAGUUACACAUGCGUAUGAUUGCUUUAUGUACUGGGUUAGGUACUGGGUUAUUGGUGGGCGCUGGUAGUAAAUUACGUUCUGGUGGUCCCUUGUUCUUAUUGGUGGCAUAUUUCAUUGUUGGCUAUGUCAUGGUGGUUCCUACCGUUAAUUCUUUAGGAGAGUUGACUGUUGCUUAUCCUUCGUUGAACGGUGGGUUCCAAAACUAUUACACUAAAUUCAUUGACGAAUCCUUAGGGUUCUCAUUAGGUUGGAAUUAUGCUUCUCAAUGGUUGAUUGUUAUCUCUUUGGAAUUGGUCACUGCAUCCAUGACUAUUAAGUUUUGGACAGAAUCUGUUAAUGAAGAUAUUUGGGUUACAAUAUUUUUAUUCAUCAUCAUUACCAUCAACUUGUUUGGUGCUAGUGGUUAUGGCCGUGCAGAAACUGUCAUGAAUUCUCUUAAGGCUACUAUGUUGACUGGGUUUGUUAUCUUUGGUCUCUGUAUCGACUUGGGUGCUGGUCCAAAGGGCUUUAUUGGUGGGAGAUACUGGAGAGAUCCAGGUUAUUUACCUGAAGAAGCUUUCAAGGGGUUGUGUGGUGUCUUUGUCACUUCUUCCUUCUCCAUUGGUGGUUUCGAAUUCGUUUCUGUUGCUGCAGCUGAUACUGAAAACCCAAGACAAGCUUUACCUGCUGCAUGUAAGUUGAUCCUUUGGAGAGUCACUGUGUUAUAUUUGGGUUCGUUACUUUUCGUUGGGUUGUUGGUUCCUUAUAACUCUGAUAUGUUGAUGGGUGCUGCUGGUAGUGCCACUCACGCUUCUCCUUAUGUCAUUGCUGCUGAAUCUAAUGGUGUCCGAGUGUUACCUCAUAUUAUCAAUGCUGUUAUCUUGGUUUCUGUGACUUCAGUUGCAACUGCUUCCAUGUACUCUACACCAAGAUUAAUGGUUUCUCUUGCUGAACAAGGUUUCGCUCCUAAAUGGAUGGGUUACAUUGACAAAACUGGUAGACCAUUGUUUGGUUGGAUUUUUACUAUUUUCACUUCGUUCUUUGCUUAUAUUGCUGUUUACAAGCACCAAGAAACUGUUUUCAACUGGAUGCUUUCUAUUUCUGGUCUUUCAUUCAUUUUGAUCUGGUUAUUCAUCUGUAUCUGUCACUUGAGAUUCCGUGCUGUUUUGGAACACAGAGGAAUCCCAUUGGACACAUUGGGUUUUGUGUCUCCUUACGGCAAAGUUGGAAGUUACUUAUCAAUUACCAUUAAUUUGUUGAUGUUGAUUGCCCAAUUUUAUGUUUCGUUAUUUCCCAAGGGCAGCAAGGGGAAGCCUAAUGCCAAUUCCUUCUUCCAAAAUUACUUGGGUGUCCCAGUCUUUCUUUUUUUCUGGGCUGCUCACAAGUUGUGGACCAGAAACUGGAAGUUGUUCAAACGUGUGGAUGAAAUUGAUCUUGAUAAGGACAGACAAAUUUACGAUCCUGAGGUCAUGGAGUUGGAGAAUUUAGAAGCUGCGCAACGGUUCCAGAAUGCCCCAUUCUGGAAGAAAGCUUUGAUUGUUUUAUUUGAUUGA